UUCUUUAGAUAGCACUGCAGUUUCCGGCACUCCCACACUUCCGCCUGCUAAUUUUUUAUUGUCGCCCAAAUCCGCUUCUGUUCCGCCGUUCUGGGGUCGCCGCCGCCGUCGAUCUUCGCCGGAGAUCUAUUGCAGUAACUAUCGCCGGAAUCUACAUCUUCUUCUUCUUUUUCCUCCACCGAAUUCCUCAUCUGGACUGUUCUAUUUAUAUAAAAUCAUCAACUUGAAUUGGAAUUCAUUCUUGUUCAGAGAAUUUUGGUUGCAAUUUUCCUUGCUGGGUUAUCUGAGUUGAGUUAUCACAGCUUAUGUAAUCAUUUCUAGGGAAAACUUUAGGAAAGAUGAAUGCUUUAGUACCAGGCAGGUUAUUUCUGUUUGCUGGAGAGUCGUUUCCCUUCCAUAAGUUACCGCAAGUUUGUCGAUCGACUUUGUUUCACAGUGGUGUGUUUUGUCUUAACAAGGCUGAGCUGAACCAUGGACCCCUUACUCUUGCCAGCCUUGGGUUCAAAAGUGAGUUUCAGAAGACAGGCAAGAGCAAAGUGAAUAAUAAAGUUACCGAGUUGGAUUCUCCACAGGAUAUCUCGAAAAGUAGAGUAAAGAUUGUACGGAACAAUGAAAAGAAGGUUGUUGGAGCGAGAAAUUUGGUAGAAACACAGAUGGCUCCAUUUGCUGCCAAGUCAUUUUCUGAGCUUGGUCUGGCAGAUUCAUUGAUAGAGAGGUUAGAGAGUGAAGGAUUCACAGUUCCUACUGACAUUCAAUCUGCAUCAAUUCCCACCAUUUUGAAAAAACAUGAUGUUGUCAUUCAAUCUUACACGGGUUCUGGGAAAACAUUGGCAUAUGUUCUUCCCAUCCUUUCAGAAAUAGGUCCGUUUAAGAAUACAGUUUCGAGUUACAAUGAUGAUCCUGGAAAGAAAAAGGAGAUAGAAGCAGUUAUUGUAGCUCCAUCAAGGGAGUUGGGAAUGCAAAUUGUGAGAGAGGUUGAGAAGAUAUUAGGACCUGCAAAUCGAAAAGUAGUUCAGCAGCUUGUUGGAGGUGCGAACCGAUCAAGACAGGAGGAAGCUUUAAAGAAAAACAAACCUGCCAUUGUGGUUGGGACACCAGGAAGGAUUGCAGAGAUUAGUGCAGCAGGGAAGCUUCACACCCAUGGUUGUAGCUUCUUGAUCUUAGAUGAGGUAGACGAACUACUUUCCUUUAAUUUCCGGGAAGACAUGCAUCGUAUAUUGGAACAUGUUGGAAGAAGAUCAGGUGCCAAUUCACCAGGAUCAGAAAACACUCAAGCAAGAAGGGCAGAGCGACGGUUAGUCAUGGUGUCUGCAACAGUGCCAUUCUCCGUAGUAAGGGCAGCUAAAAGCUGGGGGUGUGACCCUCUUCUUGUCAAGGCCAACAAGGUUGCCCCCCUCGAAUCAGUUCCUCUCUCGGGACCUGUUAAUCUGAGAGUGCCUUCUUCUGGAUCAACGUUGAAUUCAACUUUGCAGAGUAAAACUGCCAUUGACACUCUACCUCCCUCUUUAAAACACUACUAUUGUACAUCAAGGUUGCAGCAUAAGGUUGAUGUGUUAAGACGAUGCAUUCAUGCACUUGAUGCGAAAUUCGUGAUGGUUUUCAUGAACCACACAAAGCAACUAAGGGACGUCGUCUUCAAGUUAAAGGCUCGUGGGAUAACUGCGGCAGAGCUACAUGGGGAUCUGGGAAAACUUGCAAGAUCAACUACGUUGAAAAGUUUCAAGAAUGGUGAAUUGAGAGUUUUAGUGACCAAUGAAUUAUCAGCUAGGGGUUUGGACAUUGCUGAAUGCGAUCUUGUAGUCAAUCUGGAUCUGCCUACAGAUUCAAUUCACUAUGCACAUCGAGCUGGCCGGACGGGUCGGCUCGGAAGGAUGGGAACAGUGGUGAGUAUUUGUGAGGAGCCAGAAGUGUUUGUGGUGAAGAAACUGCAGAAACAACUUGGUGUGCCCAUUUUAGCCUGUGAUUUUAACGAGGGAAAGCUUGUUGUGAAUGAAGGAGAGAAAAUAUAGAAGCACAAUAGAAAUUAUGUAUGUUCGAUUGGAAGCACUUUUCAAAAUUCUUUAUGUUUGGUUAGGGAAAAUAUUUUAUAUAAAAAGUGCUUCAUUUAGAAUUAUAGCUCUCAGAAGUUAUCUCGAAUUCGAUCUAAAUUAUGGGUAUAUUCAUGAUUUGGCAUAUGAUCUCUCGA